UCUGUGCCAGCACCCAGAAGCUUGCUGGUUUGAAUCCCAUGAAUGCCAGGAGUAAUUCUACUUCAUUGGGUCCUUGAGCAAGGCCCUUAACCUGCAAUUGCUUUGUGCUGGAUAUGAGGUUCAAAUACAUCCAGCCCUACAAGGAGGUCCUCCCACUUUCUGGGAAAAUUUGGGGGUUGGUAACAGGAUUGACACUCCAGCCACUUGAAAAACCUUCAUGCUGUUCCAUUCAGAUUAGUGGUGCUGAGUGAUGGACUGUUGUGUGUUGGGUGAGACAAUGUGCUGUAAUCAGCCUGUGCUCCUUACUGCAGGGGUCUGUAUUGGCUGGGUUUGAUUAUGGGGUUGGUUACACUCCCCCUAUAAUUUACACCCAUGCUUCCAACAGUGUUUUAUUUUAUUAUUUUUUGCAUAUCAUCUGGGAUUCACUCUAAGUGUACUGAAUGACUACCAAUCGUCACCUAUAAAAGACUGGCGCCAACAAGUAAAUUGGUAAAAUCCAGUUUAUCCAUGCAUCCAUCCCUUUUCUGUGCCCGUUUGUCGGCAGUCCAGGAGCUUCGGCCGCAGGCGUUCAGUUUAACAAAAUCAUAUUUGUUGUACUUCGUAUUUAUGCCUAUAGUUGGAAUGAAGGAUCCAGGGAUGAAUUUUGUCGGCACAUCAGGGCGUCGUUCUGUAUAUUUCUUGUCAGUUUAAUAUCGUUAAAACGUAACACAUUUAUUAAAUAUACUGCCAGCUUCCUCAAAAGGUAAAGUCUAGUGUGGGUAGAUUUGUUUCCCUAUCAAAACAAUGUAGUUGAAGUCCCACGGCUUGUCCUGGUACCCGUAUUGCUGUCAAGCCUUGAUUAUGCGAUUUAACCUACAAAAUCCAUCGCCCCAAGCACAUUAGUGACAUUUCCCAUGAUGCUCAGCGUACUCGUCAGGCCAGAAGUAGCUGAACCCGGAAGUGCUGUUUUGUUGGCAUUUGAGGGGACGCGAUCGCUCAUGUUUAUGGCGGGGGUGAGAGAGCCGAGCACUGGAUAGUUUUCUGGAGGGAGCUUUCCCGAAAUAACCAGUAACACCUUUAAUUAUGUAUGCUCAAGGAACGGAGAGUUUGAUCAAGCAAGCAAGAGAGAUAAAUGAGGAAGAGCUGGUGAAGUUUUACGGGCGCAUCUCGAAACUCCUUCUAAAUAAAGAUUAUGGAAAUGAAACGGUCGACUCGUUGCAGAGACUGCAUUUGAUCGUCUCCGCGACGAAAUAUGCCAGGAGAUUACCGUCAGACCUCCUGGAGAAACUGCAAGCCCUGCUCUGCUCCCCGGGGUCCUCGGAGCAGCUUCAGGUGCUCUCAUCGUCCAUCCUGCGGGAGAGCCUGCCCCUUAGCGUUGCCAAGCUUCCUAUAAAGGAUCUCCAGGACAGCAGGACCACCAGCUAUGUGGCAUCUGUCAUUCUUGCACAGGCCAAGAGCAAGGCUCAGCUGGCUGAACUGAGCCACCAUUUGCUGAAGGCUGUGGAAACUCGCCAGCCUGACGUGCAGGUUUGCCGUCACACGCUCCCAAUUCUCUCUGCAGCCAUCCGUUCUUCUCCGGACGUUUUGAUGGAGGACCAUGUGAACCUGGUCAACAGGAAGUUGGUGGACUGGCUGCGUUAUGCCAGCAACCAGCAGGGGGCAUCCAUGUCCACCGGAGGAUUCUUCAUGGGUCCUAGAGCUCGACAGCCAGCUCCCAUGAACGAAGUAGACGGCGCGGUUGCUGGAGACUUUUUCACGGUGCUCUGUGUGGGCCAGAGCUACACCGAGGACCAGUGGAUGAACAUGUAUGCCUUCUCUGUGCUGCGAAAGUGGCUGCGCACCUACGACAUCGAGGAGAACAGCGGCUCAGGCGUAGCUCAGGUUAACAGAGUGCAAUUUACACAGCCCAUUUCAGAUGAUCGGUCGGAGGUGGACGGCUCUGUGAUGUCCAUGGUCUCCGCCACGUCGUCCUCUAGUCGCCUGCUGCCCCCCAAAGAGCGCCUGCGGGAGAAGGCCUUCGAGUACUGCCAGCGCCUCGUGGAGCAGAGCGACCGCAAGGCAGUGAGGAAGGCUGACACGGAGCUGCAGAAAGCUUGUCUCGUGGAGGCCGUGACCAUCAUGAACAUCAUCUGUAAGGAGGACCCCUCCUUCGUGUACAGGGCCUUUCCUUGCAUCAAGGCACUGUACAGCCGGCUCAGCGGAGACCUGGCAUUCUCGCGAGUCCUGCUGCCCAUCGCGCAGUUCUACCUCAACCACAGCGAGACGGCCGCUGUGGACUCUGAGACAGUCUUCCGGCAACUCUUCUCCUCAUUCCCUGCUGAGCUUUUCAACGAGUCCAUGCUGGCCUUCGAGUUCGUCCAGUUCUGCCGGACCAACAUGGCCGUCCUGCGAGAGAGCAUGCCCCUCUACGGGCAGAGCUUCCCCAACCUCCUGAAGUUCUUAGCCUGGAACAGCCCCGCCCUGGUGUCGGAGUACGUGGAGCUGUUGCCCUCCCUGCUGACGCCCAGCACGGCCGUGGAGCUGCUGCAUUCCCUGCUGGACCUGCCCUGCUUGGCGGCAGUGCUGGACCUUCAGCUCAGGUCAGCAUCUUGCGCUGCCUCUGAGAAGGCACUGUGGGACUCGGGAGGCAGCAAAGCUGCCAGCUCGCUGGAUGCCUUCCGCCAGCCCUACUACAGAGGCAUGUUCCUGUACAUCCUGAGGCCAGAGGCAGGUACUGGAGACACUAUCGACAGGCUGAGAAUGCUCCAUGACGUCCUGGCCGACAUGGUGGAGAGCCCCCGCGUAGUGCAGUGUGCCCAAACCGUACCUGUCCUCUUGCACGUAUACUUUCACACCGUUGCCCAGUUUGCAGAUGAUAAGCUGAUCAACCAGCUGGUCCUCGUCUUGCUGGAGAGGAGCAGCCUCCUGAUGGAUAUAAAGAACUACCAGACGGAGGUGCAGAGAGUGUUCAGCUCUCACUUGCUGGCCUUAUGCAAGCUCCACCCAUCUCUCAUCAUGGAGCAGUCGCGGGAGCUGUUGGAUAUGGCCGGCUCCACUGUCAACAUCUACCAGAAGGAGGAGCUCUACACACACGUGGUGUGGGCGAUCGGCGAGUACCUGUCCCUGUCACAUGACGCCCGCUGCACGGUGGAGCACAUCACGUCGUCCUUCGAGACCCUGGAGGCCGUGCUCUUUGAGAUCACACAGGUGCGCCAUUCAGCCAGCGCCCCCCGCUUCUCCCCGCGCCUCGUCACCGUGCUCAUGACCACGCUGGCCAAGCUGGCCUCCCGCAGCCAGGACCUCAUCCCCAGGGUGUCCCUCUUCCUCUCCAAGAUGCACUCGUUCGCCUGCAGUGCUCCGGUGGUAGCCUGCUACAGCGAGGAGGACCGCGAGGCCAUUGUCACUCGCGCCCAUGAGCUCAUCAACCUGCUCAAGCUACCCAACGUGGCCCAGUUCGUGUUGACGCCGUCUGCGUCUGGUGGCACCCCGCGCUGGCACCGCGAUGCCAACGCCUCGCUGCCGUUCGCCAUGCGAGCGCUGAGCGGCCUGCUGCCCAAACACAACACGUUCCUGUCCGGGUGAAUGGCAGGCCGGAGUCCAGGAAGGAAGCCAAAGUCUGCUGCUUCAAGCGUGAUGGAAUGCCUGCAGGUUUGGGAAAUCCUGACCAGUAGUGACUGGACUGGAAGUGUGAUGUCAGGUUCCAGGCGUAUGUCCAUAUGAGACACUCAGGAAAUUACCAGGAACUGAAUCUUAAAGAGUAUUCCUCUAACAGGACAUAACAGGAGGAUGGGGCUUCGAAAUCUGUUUGCUUGCAUUUAUUGCAAUUGUACACAUUCACCACAAAUACACAUUUACAGUUGGACUUCAAAUACUAAACAUCCAGGCACAUUUAAAUAUACACCAAGAAAACACUGAGGUACUCUUUUAGGUUUCCUGCAUAGAAUAUUGGUAAAGUUAACGUCUACGUUUUACUUAUACAGUGCUUUGAAAUGCAGGCUUGUCUUACUGUUACUAAAAUGACCUCGAACUUGCACACAGGUAGGCAGUUAUGUCUAUCGUUAAUGUUUCCCAGAGCUAAAAAGCUCACGGUAUUUUUUUUUUCGUUCCACUUAAUACAGCGUACAUAUUUUUUUUUUUCCUACAAAAUGUAAACUUUGAAUGUAAAACAUGCAUUAAGUAUUAAUAAAAGGAAGCAAAGGGUGCC